CAAGGACCCAGCAAACGAGCUGGUGACAGGUCUGCAGGGCAGCGGGACCGUAAGAGCCUGCGGCUCCACCGUGAACACUGACAGUGGCUUGGCCCCUCGGCCACUGUUCUCCCAGUUGGGGGGGGGGGGUGGCACCGCCUCCAAGGCUGUCACCAGGGGUUUGACAGCACACGUCUUGGUGCGAGGCUGGCCUUUCUGACGUGGAUAGUCACCGAGUGACCUGUACUUCUUCAUUGCCCCCUUUGCAGUGAGUUUCUGGUCCCACGUCCCCUGAGCCCAGCAGAACUGAGGCCUGGAGAGCCCGUCCCUGUGCACUGCGGGCUCCGGAGAGGUGUGCUGGGAGGCGGGCCACGCCGACCGCAGCCGCCCCGGUGAGGGACUGCGGGCUGAAGACAGGACAGUCACUUUGCCACCUUGGACUUCUCUGGGGUCUAGACAUUUCCUAGUAGAUGACCUCUUUGGAAAGGCUGGUGGUGAAGGAGGCCCCUGGCCUGUCCUCUCCUGCUCCGCGGGUGAACCCAGGGCUCCCAGGGCUGGCGCUGGGCUGACCGGUUUCCCAGCGGAGCAAACAGUCGCGGCCUCGUGCCUCCCCCUGGCCUCACAUCAGCACUGUGGGGCCAAAGGUCAUUGCGCGUGGGUGGCUCCCAGGUGUAUCGUGCCUGGGCAGAAACUGGAUUUCAAGCCACCCAUCUCAAAGUACCUUCAAUGAGACACUGAAGGCAGCCACGGUGGCCCAGAGCAGGUCUGGCCAGCUUGGCGAGUGUGCCGACCAGCCAUGCCCACUGUGGACGCCGUCUUGGAGCAGGUCGGGGAGUUUGGCUGGUACCAGAAGCAGGUCUUCCUGAGCCUGUGUCUGAUCUCCACGGCCUUAGCCCCCAUCUACCUGGGCAUCGUCUUCCUGGGCUUCAGCCCCCCGCACCACUGCCGGAGCCCCGGGGUGUCCGAGCUGAGCCGGCGAUGCGGCUGGAGCCCGGCGGAGGAGCUGAACUACACGCUGCCCGGCCUGGGGGCUGCGGGCGAGGCCUCCCUCCGCCAGUGCAUGCAGUACGCGGUGGACUGGAACCAGAGCAGCCUCGGCUGCCUGGACCCUCUGGCCAGCCUGGCCGCCAACAGGAGCCAGCUGCCACUCGUCCCCUGCCAGCACGGCUGGGUGUACGACACUCCCGGCUCCUCCAUCGUCACCGAGUUUAACCUGGUGUGCGCGGACGCCUGGAAGGUGGACCUCUUUCAGUCCUGCGUGAACCUGGGCUUCUUCCUUGGGUCCCUGGGCAUCGGCUACAUUGCAGACAGGUUCGGCCGCAAGCUGUGUCUCCUGGCGACCUCGCUGGUCAUGGCCCUGUCGGGCGUGCUGACAGCGGUGGCCCCCGACUACACGUCCAUGCUGCUCUUCCGCCUGCUGCAGGGGAUGGUCAGCAAGGGCAGCUGGAUGUCUGGCUACACCCUGAUCACGGAGUUCGUGGGCUCGGGCUACAGGAGGACGGUGGCGAUCCUGUACCAGGUGGCCUUCUCCGUGGGGCUGGCGGGGCUCUCUGGGCUGGCCUACGCCAUGCCCCACUGGCGCUGGCUCCAGCUGGCCGUGUCCCUGCCCGCCUUCUUCUUCCUGCUCUACUACUGGUGCGUGCCAGAGUCUCCCCGGUGGCUGCUGUCACAGAAGAGAAACACUCAGGCGAUGAAGAUAAUGGCCCACAUCGCCCGGAAGAACGGGAGGUUGCCUCCGGCUGACCUGAAGAUCCUCUCUCUCGAAGAGGAUGUCACUGAAAGGCAGAGCCCUUCCUUCAUGGACCUGCUGCGCACGCCCAACCUGAGGAAGCGCACCUUCAUCCUGAUGUACCUAUGGUUCACCUGUGCCGUGGUCUACCAGGGCCUGGUCAUGCACAUGGGGGCCACCAGCCGGAACCUCUACCUGGACUUCUUCUACUCUGCGCUGGUGGAGUUCCCAGCGGCUCUUGUCAUCCUGGUCACCAUUGACCGCGUCGGCCGCAUCUACCCGUUGGCCGUGUCCAACCUGGUGGCCGGGGCAGCCUGCUUGGUCAUGCUGUUUACCUCACACGUUGGGGAGUAACCAACACAUAACGAGCGCUUUAUAACUGCGUGGCCGGUAAGCCUGGGUUUGGGGACACCCGGGCGGCAGGGGCCAAAUGCCCGCCCAGCACCCCGGGCGUCCCUCCCGCUUGUUCACACCAGGUCAGCACAGCCCUGCCCCAGGCGCCCGGCCUCUGGCCACAGAUCAGCUCUGCCUGUCCCGAAGGGCACACGGCCCAGCCAUGCGCCAGACGCUUCCUUUCCUUCUGUGUGCUCGGAGGUCCUCCUGUUGCUUCCAGUGUUUGUCCCUUGGGGGCAACGCUGGGGUGGGCGUCCUUGUGGCGGACCUGUGUCCCCGCUUCCCACGGGCACAGGGCUGUGGACACACUCGCUGGGCCCCGGGAGGCACAGUGUGGCUUCAGUCCACACCGCCCAACAGAUUCCCCAGAAAAGCCAGACUCUCCUCCCAGCGGUGCUGCAUGUCCCCUUUGCUGGGCCUCACCAGGGCCCCUCCAGGCCGCAGGUCUGCGGUUCUCACGGUCCAAGAUGGAGCAGGCUGCGGGGAAAGUUAGGCAGCUCGGCUUCACUCGACUUGAAUUCGAGAACGGACGCUGCCUUUGGCUUUCGUUGGCUCUGGAGAUGUGAACGAUGCAGGCAGGGCUGCUCCUUUCUCCUCCUUCACUGCUUGUGCCCUGCACUUGGUGGCUCUGGUGAGUCAUGCCA